CAUGGCUGCCCGCCGCCUCCUCCUCCACACCAUGAAGCAGAUCUGCCUCUGUGCCGCUGCCUCCUUUGCGAGCCAGGACUGGACCAAGAAUGAUGAAAAGCUCCUGCAAGCUGUGGAUUACAACGAUGCCGGGAGGGUGACAUCUCUCCUCGUCCGCAAGGGCCUGGUCCCCACCAAACUGGACUCAGAGGGCAAAUCUGCGUUCCACCUGGCCGCCAUGCGGGGGAAUGUGGACUGCCUGGAAGCCAUGCUGGCUCACGGCGUGGAUGCCAUGACCAAGGACAGCUCGGGUUACACUGCCCUACACUUGGCAUCCAAGCAUGGCCACCCACAGUGCGUCAGCAAGCUGCUGCAGGCCUCCUGCCCUGUGGACGUGGCCGACGGCAGAGGCCAAACAGCGCUGCACCAUGCAGCGGUCAGCGGCUGCAUCUCGUGCUCGGAGAUCCUCUGUGAUUUCAAGGCUCCCUUAAACAUCAAGGACAAGGAUGGCUCCACACCGCUGAUCCUUGCUGCCAAGAUGAGCCACUCAGAGCUGUGCCGGUACCUGCUGCACCGCGGCGCGGCUGUCAACAGCCGGGACCUGCAGGGGAGGACAGCCUUGAUGCUGGCCUGCGAGAACGGCAGCGUGGAGACGGUGGAGGUGCUCGUCAAUGCCGGUGCCCGGGUGGCCGUGGUGGACUCCACAGGUCAUGAUGCCGCGCACUACAGCCUGGCCACGGGCAACGCUCUCAUCCAGCACUUUCUCCAAGAGGCUGCUCAGCGCCGGUCCUGGGCCAGCGAAGAGGAGUCAACUGAGCAGACGUCCCAGACGUCGUCGCCCAGCCAGUCAUCUGUCAGAGAGAAGAACAGCACCCCGAGGAAGAGGAAGGCCCCUCUGCCUCCCCUGGGCACCCCCAGCCAGGAGGACCGGGAUGCCUACGAGGAGAUUGUACGGCUGCGGCAGGAGCGGGCCCAGUUCUUGCAGAAGAUCCGGGGCUUGGAGCAGCAGGAGAAGCAGAGACGAGAGCAGGCGGAGCUGGAUGAGGGCUCCCGGCGCUCCAUGGAGAAGCAGAUCCAGGAGCUGGAGGAGCGGCUGGCGGCACGGGAUGGUGAGAAGGAGCGGCUGGGCAAGGAGGUGGAGGCUCUGUGGAGCCGGACGCUGCAGGACGAGGAGGGAGACCCGCUUGAGUUCCCAGGGGCAGAGCUGCUGCUCUCCAAGAAGACGCUGAGCCCCUCGGCCGAGGAGCUGCUGGCCACGCUGCAGGGGCAGUUGCAGUCCCUCACCGUGCAGAACAAGGAACUGAGGGAGAAAAUACAGGUGCUGGAGAACUACGAGCGGGACGAGAGCAACCCGUCCACCCCGGGGGACUUUAUCACUGAGCUCUCCAAGGAGGUCUUCAGGCUGAAGGAAGCCCUGAAUGCCCUCCCCGAGUCCCGGGCACCACCACUGUCACCCCCCGACACUGCCACGCUCCAGGCCAAGAUCCGUGCACUGGAGGAGAAGCUGGCGGAGACAGAAAUGCGGCACAGCAAGGUGGUGACUCUGUACCGGAGCCACCUGCUCUAUGCAGUGCAGGGCCACAUGGACGAGGAUGUGCAGAGGCUCCUGUGCCAGAUCCUGGGGAUGCAGCGGCUGCAGGAGCAGGGCAGAUGA